AUGGACCCCUCUCCCAGCGCUUCCGAACAGUCCCCAUCCGCCUCAUAUUCUAAUGAUAACGAUGGAGAGCGAAAUCCAACAUUUGAACAUAUUCCAAAAUGCUUCUACGAGCACAUUCCUGAAGCACAUACCACCGCAGUUCUUCAAUAUGGUGGCAAAGAGUGGUUUAUGAGAAUUAACGUUGGUGAGCGUAGAUGGCUCAAAGAAGGCUGGAAAAGUUUUGUGAUGAAGAAUGAUAUCAAGCGGGGCUGUUUGGUUAAAUUUGAGUUAGUUGAAAUUGCACAAAUUCUUGUUGUCUUCAAAGUCGAAGUGAAAGGACAAGGAACUCACGAAGAUCCUGUCGAGAUUAAUUAG